AUUGAAAGCAUCUCGCUCGGACCUGGAUUCGCUCUUUUUUUCUUGGCAACCAUCGCCAAAUCUCACUCUCACCACUCAAAAAAAGAAAAAGCUCAAAAUGAAGGCAUAUCUCUACGACAACAUAGAAGGCGACCAGCGCCUCCCCCACGACUCGGGCACCCCCGUCUCGCUCGACGACCUGGGCCGGCUGGGCGUGGUGUACCGCCAAAUCCCCGACCUGGCGGGCGUGGACGCGCUGGCGGCGGAGCGGGCGUACCGCAACCGCGACGAGGUGGUCAUCUCGCCCGAGCGCAUGGGCGACGCGUACGAGGACAAGGUCCGGACCUUCUUCCGCGAGCACCUGCACGAGGACGAGGAGAUACGCUACGUCCGCGACGGCCGCGGCUACUUUGACGUGCGCGACGCCGGCGAGCGCUGGGUGCGCAUCCGCGUCGAGAAGGACGACCUGCUCAUCCUGCCCGCGGGCAUCUACCACCGCUUCACGACGGACGAGGGGAAUUACAUCCACGCCAUGCGCCUGUUCAAGGAGGAGCCCAAGUGGACUCCCCUGAACCGCGUCCCCGAGCUGGAUUCCAACCAGUUCAGAAAGCAGUACACCGAGGCCUUUCUCGCCUAACCUGUAUCGCAGCUUGUUUGAGUAACGAUGUGUUAUUUACCUGAUAUUUCACACUUGCGUCAUGUCUCACUUGCGGUCCUGAUCGAUCAAGUCGUCAUCUCACUUUUCUCGCCGGCACAUCACUCAAAACUUCCCUCCGCAGCACCAAGUUACAUGGCAGGUUUGUAAAUUGUAGGUACUGCUACAAAGUUAACCUUGAUUUGGAUCGCGCCCUUGACGGGUUCAUCUCUUCAGAUCAUCUCUUCAGAGUGGCCACACUUCCGGCAGCAAACAGUAGAAAGACCUCCCAGUGAUAUGUCGGACCCAGUUGUCCCAUCUUAAGCCAAG